AGAGCGGUCAGGCCUUGGGAUGAGCUGCCCAGGGAGGUUUGGAGUCCCUGGGAGUGUCCCAGAGGAGUCUGGAUGUGGCCCUUGGGGACAGGCUUUGGGGUGAUGCUGGGUGGGACUGGGUGGUCCUGAAGGGCUCCUCCAGCCCUGGUGAUCCUGGGAUUCUGGGACCUUCAUUUUUCUGCCUUCAUGGGGGACUGGAUGGGGUUUAGGGUUUUGUGCUGGGCUCGGUACUUUCAGCUUUAUGUUCUUUAUGGAAUGAGUAAAAACCACAGAGCUGGGAUUCAUGGACACACAGAAUUCCACCCUGACUGGGGUUGGGAAGGAUCUCAAACCCCACCCAGUGCCAGCCCUGGGAGCAGAAGGAGAAGGUUUGCAGGUUUUACCUGCAAAGCAGUGAAAAUUUAAUAUAUGAGGGUGGGAUUUGGAGACUGAAAUUACUGUGCACAUGAAUGUUUCAGCAGUUAUUUUUAUUCCUCUUCUUCCUUUAGAAACUUCUCCCCAGUUACCAGCACCAGAAAACGUGGAGAUUUAUUCCUACAACUUCCAGAGUGUGCUGAGGUGGUCUCCUGUUGUGGUGGAGAACGGCUCGGUGUUAUACACAGCCCAUUACAAAACAGGUUUUUUUGAGGAGUGGAGCGGGAUGGGCUGUGCUGGGAGCCCCCAGCCCCAGUGCAGGUUCCCCCCGGAGCUGCGGCGGCGCUGGACGGUCGUGCUGCGCGUCAGGGCCGAGCUGGGCGCCCUGGCCUCGCCCUGGGUGCUCACACCUCCCUUCGUGGCAGAGAUGAACAAGGCAACCCAAGCUGUGCACAUCAUCCUCCUGUUCGUCCUGGCCUUACUCUUCGUGCCCCCAGUGACAUAUGCUUUGCUGCUUCUGUGGAAGUACCACCAAAAAAUCAAAUAUUGGGCUCAGCCCCCCCUGCAAAUCCCAUCACACUUCAGGGAGUUCCUGAGGGACCCUGGCUUGCCUGGCUUGGAGCUGUACAGUCCUGCUGAGGAGGAGCCCCAGGCCCUGGUGGUUGGAGAAGGAAGUGGCCUGGAGGGUGAGGAUCCUUCACCCAACACCUCCAGGGACAGGGGGGACACUGAGGGGACACCACAGUGAGUGUCACCUGCCCCAGGACUGGCCAGAGGCUGCUCCCAUGGCUGCUGGCAGGACAGCCCUGAACAGGGAGCCUGGGAUCACAGGAUAAUCCUGAACAGGGAGCCUGGGAUCACAGGAUAAUCCUGAACAGGGAGCCUGGGAUCACAGGAUAAUCCUGAACAUGGAGUCUGGGAUCACAGGAUAAUCCUGAACUCAGAUCCUGGGAUCACAGGAUAAUCCUGAACAGGGAGCCUGGGAUCACAGGACAGCCCUGAACACAGAUCCUGGGAUCACAGGAUAAUCCUG